GAAAAAAAAAAUGAUUUGACGUUUCCAUUUUUUAGGUUAUAAUUGGAGGAUUUGAGAAAAACUUGGUAAAAAAGGCUAUAAUAAAACUACUUGGGACUCCAAUAUUUUAGGAACUAAGAUUUAGUUAUAAACAAUGGUGUUCUACUUUACAAGCAAUGUCGUCUCUCCACCUGUUACAUUAUUUAUGGGAGCAGAUAAACAUGAGAACGAAGACCUAAUUAAAUGGGGCUGGCCGGAGGAUGUUUGGUUUCAUGUUGACAAGGUUUCAUCAGCUCACGUCUACUUACGUCUGGCACCCGGACAAACUAUAGAAGAUAUACCUAAUUCAGUUCUGGAUGAUGCAUGCCAACUUGUAAAGGCCAACUCUAUUAUGGGCAAUAAAAUGAAUGACAUUGAUAUUGUUUACACUAUGUGGGCAAAUUUGAAAAAGACGCCAGCUAUGGAGGUUGGUCAAGUAGCAUUCCACAAAGACAAAGAUGUAAGAAAAGUGAGAGUAGCUAAAAGAUGCAAUGACAUCAUAAACAGGUUGAACAAAACCAAGAAAGAAGCAUUUCCAGAUCUGAGAAUAGAAAGAGAAACACGGGAUCGCCUAGAGCGAGAAGAUAAAAAGAAGCUCUUAAGAGACAAGAAGGAAAAAGAAAAAGAAGAAGAAAAACGGAAGAAAGAGGAAGCAGAACUACGAAGCUAUUCCACUCUAAUGAAAUCUGAGAACAUGACUACCAAUUAUGAUGGAAAUGAUUCUGAUGACUUCAUGUGAAAGGAACUUAAUAAAGUUCCUUUAACAAAUA